AUGUCCGCCGCCGCCGUCCGCCGACUCGACUGGACAGUCCUGCCCCUCUGCGCCAUCGUGUACCUCCUCAACUUCCUCGACCGCUCAAACAUCGGAAACGCAAAAGUCGCCGGUCUCGCCAAAGACCUUCACCUGACGCCGCACCAGUACCUGGUCGCUUUGACAUGCACGUACGUGCUCUAUAUCGUGUUCGAGCUGCCUUCGAACCUGCUCCUCAAAAAGGUUGGAGCGCAUUUCAUGCUCCCGGGAAUGGUGACUCUAUGGGGCAUUUGCUGCUGCAUGACGGGCUUUGUCCAGAAUUACGGAGGACUGGUUGCAGCGCGUCUCAUCCUCGGCAUGCUGGAGGGCGGAGUUUUCCCCGGACUCGUACUCUACCUCUCCUCCUUCUACCGCCGGCACGAGUUGCAAACCCGCAUCUCGCUCUUCUUCUCCGCCGCGUCGCUUUCGGGCGCUUUCUCAGGCUUGCUGGCUGCGGCAAUCAUCAAUCUCGACGGAAAAGGCGGCCAGGAGGGCUGGCGCUGGAUCUUCUUCCUCGAAGGCGGAUUCACCGCCCUCUUCGGCAUCCUCCUCUUCUUCCUCCUCCCCGGCUCGCCCUCAACCUCGCGCUUCCUGACCGCCGACCAAAAAGCCCACAUCGAGCGUCGCCUCAAACUCGAUUCGCCUGCUGGAACGACCGACUUUGAGGAGGCAUUCAGCUGGAGGGAGGUUAGGAAGGCGGCGACGAUGUUCCUCAAAUCCCUCUCGACCGCCGUGCGCUACGUCUCGCUCUUCCUCGCCAUCACCAGCGUGUACAGUACCGCGCCUGCACUUGUGACGUGGCUGCCGAACAACUCGGCCGGUCACUACCGCAAAGCUACGGCGGUCGCUUUGGGGUUCAUCAUGACUAAUAGCGGUGGCAUUGCGUCCACCUGGCUCUUCCCGACGAACGAAGGACCUCGCUACUACAAAGCCACCUCCGUCCUAAUCUCCAUGACCCUCGUCGUCGCCCUCUUCGCCUUCCUCAACCUCCUCUACCUCCGGCGGGAGAAUGCGAAGAAGGCCGAAUUGCGGGAGGCGAAUGGAGGAGAGGUUGAUGCGGAGAGUUGGAGGGAGAAGGGGGAUAGACAUGAGCAUUUCGUGUAUAGCAUGUAG